UCCACAAUAAUACUCCACUUCUCGCUCUCGCUCUGUUUUCCUUUUUUCUAUUUCUUUGAAAGAUCGAUUCAAUAUCUCGAAUGCAUCAAUGGCAUCAGAGAACGUGUAUGUCGAGCAUUGUAAAGGCAUCAAUGGCCUCGAUAAGGUCAUCUUGAGGGAGAUUCGCGGUUACUCUGCUGAGUUGUAUCUCUUUGGAAGCCAAGUCACGUCUUGGAAGAAUGACAAAAGGGAAGAGUUGCUUUUCCUUAGUAAUAAGGCUAUUUUUCAGCCACCUAAGGCUAUCCGUGGAGGUAUACCAAUCUGUUUUCCUCAAUUCGGGAAUAUUGAUUCUCUUGAGAAACAUGGAUUUGCAAGAAAUCUACUAUGGAGUGUUGAUCCUGAUCCCCCACCAUGUUCAUCACAUGCUUCUACCAGGGCCUUCGUCGACUUAAUUCUCAGGCACUCUGAAGAAGAGCUGAAGAUCUGGCCUCACAAGUUUGAGUUUCGGUUGAGGGUAGCACUGACUCCUGCAGGUGAUUUGUUGUUGACAUCCCGCAUCCGAAAUACUAACACCGAUGGAAAGUUGUUUACAUUUACAUUUGCCUAUCACUCAUGUUUUUUCGUCACCGAUAUCAGUGAAGUGCGAGUAGAAGGACUAGAGACACUGGAUUAUUUGGAUAACCUGCAGAAUAGGGAGCGGUUCACUGAACAAGGGGAUACAAUAACGUUUGAGUCAGAAGUGGAUAAAAUAUACCUCAGUACACCAACAAAAAUUGCCAUCCUUGACCAUGAAAGGAAGCGAACAUUUGUGUUGCGAAAGGAUGGACUUCCCGAUGCAGUUGUGUGGAAUCCCUGGGACAAGAAAGCGAAGGCAAUGGCUGAUUUUGGCGAUGAAGAGUAUAAGCAAAUGCUUUGCGUACAGGCUGCUUGUGUAGAGAAUCCCAUCACCUUGAAACCCGGUGAAGAGUGGAAAGGAAGGCAGGAGAUCUCGGUUGUUCCUUCAAGUUACUGCAGUGGACACAUCGACCCGAGUAGAGUAACUUUUACUGGUUAAACACUGGUUUUUUCUUCUUCAACAUAUCCCUUGUACAGUUUAAAUCUCAAAAUCCGAUUCAGCCUCCUUUGACUGGUUCCACAGAUCGUGCUCCAGCC